UAGUAAGUGCCCACAAUCCCUUUUCUUCUAAAUGAAAGCGAAAUUUUCUGCUGCCUCUGUAAAGCUUUGUGGAAAAACUGGCCAAAAAGUCUCCAUCUGCAUCAAUUCAAGGCCACAGGUUGUGGAUCAAAGUAAAAAAUGGACCUACUCUUUAACAUUUUCCCUUCAGAAUUCCUCAUACCCACAAGCUCAAUUUCAAGCGCUUUAUGGUUCCCUCUGUUUCUCUGAAAUGGAUCUUUCUCAUACCAAAAUUAGAAUUUCACCAAACAUGAUCGCCAAUUGUAGUGCUCAGUGUAAUCCUAGCAAUCAUGAUGCCAAGUGUGAUGAUUCUUGUAUCCAAUUCUGUUUAAAUAUUUGUAUAGGCAAUAUUGGAAAAUCACCACCACCACUACCUCCAGUACGGCCGCUACUACUGCCUCAUCCGAAUAAUGAAACUCGAAAUCAUAUGAUCUUAACCAGCAUGAUAAUCAUGAUUUGUUUGAUUGGUGCUGCAUUUCUUGUUUGCAUCUUAUGUCCAUUUUUAAGGGCUCGCUACUCUAGGCAGAGAAUUUCAAGAAGCUCAAGAAGUGGUUCACCUCUAUUUUUUGGCACCCAAGAUGACUUUCUUGAUGAAGACCAGGGACCAGAAAUCAUCCACCCUAUAUGGUUCAUCAACAGCAUCGGUCUCCAGCAAGCUGUUAUCGAUUCCAUUGCAGUCUUUAAGUACAAAAAAGAUGAAGGGUUGAUAGAAGGUACAGAGUGCUCUGUUUGCUUGAAUGAGUUUCAAGACGAUGAGAGUCUUAGGCUCUUGCCAAAGUGUAGUCAUGCUUUUCACAUACCUUGUAUUGACACUUGGUUAAGAUCACACAAGAAUUGCCCUCUAUGCCGCGCACCUAUAGUCUGUGAUAACUUUAAUGUUCAGGUAGAUUUAUCAGUGCCUACUUCAAGUGAUCUGAGUUCAAGGGGAGAACCCCAGAUGGAGAAUUUUGAGAAUAGCAGUGGAUUGGUAAGCAAUCAGCAGGUUGGAGAAGACGGAACUAGUGAAGUGAGAAGCGUAGUUGAUAUGAAUUGCGCAUUACCUAUUAAAGACGAAGCAAAUUCAGGAAACUCAAAGAUGAAUCUGAAUCCAUCUGUUUUGGGGAAUCAUUCUCGGGUACAAAGUGAUUUAGUUGACAGUUCACAGACAGCGGAGGCAGAAAUGCAACCUAUGAGGAGGUCUCUGUCAAUGGAUUCCUCUUCUGCCACAGCAAUUUACAAUGCUGUGGCUAAUUUUUUGCCUGGCAAACAUCAAGGAAACUUGGAUAAUCAAAUAUUGCAACUGAAGUACUCGAAUUCAAAAAAUGUUUCAAAGCGUGGAAGUAGUGGGACUUCAAGCUUUGGGAAACUGAUGAAAAGUUCUUCAAUAGGGCAUGCAUUGCAAAAGGGACCAAUUUCAAUGAAAAGGUCCUUUUCAUCUAGAUCUAGUGGCAAGUCAUCAGCAGCAUCCAGGCAUAGCAGAAGCCAGGACUCAAUCUUUCCCUUGGAAGCAUAAAGCUUUCUUUUCAGGAAUCUAGCACAAAAAAAAUAAACAUUUCAAGCUGGGAAGAAGUGUUUCUGCAACAAAUUUCAAGCUUUUCACGUGGAGAUGCAUGCUGGCCUGAGCAACUCUUGCUCUUUUGGUGGAUAUUAAAUUGGCUUUAGUUAUUGCAGUUAACACUAGAGUGAAGGAUGCAUUAUAAAUUAUAAAAGGAAAUUGUAGUUUCAGUACUGGACAUAGCUUCUUAUUAUUCAUGAUUUUCCUUCUUUUUGUCUAUUAAAGAGUUUCUAUAAAUAAAUUGAUAUGUUUUUUUUAUGCUAAUA